CAGCUCUAGUCAGUGACGAGCACGGCUGCGGUGAGCACCACACGUUGAAAACAGUCCGUUCCCCGCGAAGUAGCAAAGCGGUAGUCGACAUUCUGCUGCGCUGUGCAUUAAGGCUAUAAUAGAAAACCAGUACUCCUUUCGGUUUCCCAACCUCAACCCGAGAGCAUCCGUUCCGUCGUUGACGUUGUCGCGUUGCGAAUCGCGAAAAGAAUCCAUUUUACGGUUCGAUAGAUCGCGGCAGAUGCUUUUUGUGUUGCCUGGAUGUCCGUGAACGUAUGAAUCGCUGCCGACAAGUGAUGCCGUUGUUGGGCCCGUGAAAAUUCGAACCAGCAUGCGUUUGGUCUCACGGAAAUCGAUUUUCAGUGCGUCGUCGUCGUCAACUUCGUCGUAUAGUGCGUCCUGUGGAAACAAAUCAAUUUCAGCAGUGCAUGCCUGAUAACCAGUGGCUCCAUCAUCGGCAGUGAUAUUCAGUCAGUGUGAGUGUCGGUGGUUGGUGGUGUGCGGGGUGAUAUUCGAAACAGAAACAAAAUCGAAGAAGGUUGCGCCAAAGUGCAGAAAUCAAACCGUCGUCGCCGCGCCAUCGGGAUCAAACGGAGGUGUAGCCAAUUCGGUGUGUUGUGCUCUUGAAUUGCUGCACUGAUCAAAGUGAUUUCGCUUUGGAGUCGUCGUCGUCGUCUUGCUUCUUUCAUUCUUUGUCGUUUGUUCCUGCGGAGCAUCGCAUCGAGUCGGGGGCCAGACCAACACAAUAAACCGCAGCGACAGACAGUCAGCCAGCCAGCAGCGCCAGAAAUCGAACGCGGGACGGAACGGCCGCCGGACGCCGAGUUUCGACUACGGAACGCCAGCCAGCACCAAGUGAGCCCCGGUUGCGGUGGAAAUAUGAGAAAUGCUGUAACGACCUCAACAAGGCUUGCUGCGCUUCCCACCACCGUUGCUACGACUACGAUCACCACGAUAACGACGUAGGCGACGCCGAUUAACUCAUCAUCUCCUGCGACGAGAAAUUCCUAUCGCCGAGAGGAAUAGCAGCGAUAAUAAAAAAAAAAGUUGAACACACGUGUGCGAGCACCAAGUGGUUCGUGACUUUGCGCCCGCCAGGCAGAGCUUCGUAAUUGCAAACGCGGGCAGGCGGCUCUUGAAGAUACGAGUGCGGGAAACGUGAUUAGUGGGUGAUUGGAUUUUUUUUCCAAAGGUUGAUUGUUUGUCUCUCGGGGGUGGUUCGGUUAGUACUUAGGCGGCAAAAUUCUCGCCAGCUUAGUGAACGAGAUGGCUGCCCAGCCAGCUUGUACCCGGUUUUCGGACAACUACGAGAUCAAGGAGGAGCUGGGCAAGGGUGCGUUCUCGAUUGUGAAACGAUGCGUACAGAAGUCGACGGGAUUUGAAUUUGCGGCCAAGAUCAUCAACACAAAGAAACUAACGUCACGAGAUUUUCAAAAGUUGGAACGGGAAGCCCGGAUAUGCCGUAAGCUGCAGCACCCGAACAUAGUCAGGCUGCACGACAGCAUUCAGGAGGAGAACUACCACUAUUUAGUGUUCGAUUUGGUGACCGGUGGUGAGCUAUUUGAGGAUAUUGUUGCCCGGGAGUUCUAUUCAGAAGCGGACGCGUCGCACUGUAUACAGCAGAUCCUGGAAUCAGUUAAUCACUGCCAUCAGAAUGGGGUCGUGCAUCGGGAUCUGAAACCGGAGAAUCUACUGCUAGCUAGUAAGGCCAAGGGUGCAGCCGUCAAGUUGGCUGAUUUCGGUCUAGCGAUCGAAGUCCAAGGAGACCAACAGGCAUGGUUCGGUUUUGCCGGAACGCCCGGUUACCUCUCGCCAGAAGUGCUGAAGAAGGAGCCAUACGGGAAAGCGGUCGACAUUUGGGCUUGCGGUGUUAUCCUUUACAUUCUGCUAGUAGGUUAUCCGCCGUUCUGGGACGAAGAUCAGCACCGAUUGUACGUGCAGAUCAAAGCCGGAACGUACGAUUACCCGUCACCCGAGUGGGAUACCGUAACGCCGGAAGCGAAAAACCUAAUCAACCAAAUGUUAACAGUUAACCCGUACAAACGGAUUACGGCAGCCGAAGCCCUCAAACACCCUUGGAUCUGCCAGCGCGAACGCGUCGCAUCGGUUGUGCACCGACAGGAGACCGUAGACUGCUUGAAGAAGUUCAACGCCCGGCGCAAGCUCAAAGGUGCUAUCCUCACUACGAUGCUCGCCACCAGGAACUUCUCCAGCAAGAGCAUAAUGGCCAAAAAGGGCGACGGCUCGCAGGUCAAAGAGUCCACGGACUCCUCCUCGACCACGGUCGAGGACGAUGACUGCAAGGCCCGCCGGCAGGAGAUCAUCAAAAUCACCGAGCAGCUUAUCGAAGCCAUCAACAAUGGCGACUUUGAAACCUACACCAAAAUCUGCGAUCCGCACCUAACCUCGUUCGAGCCGGAAGCCCUGGGCAACCUGAUCGAGGGCAUGGACUUUCACAAGUUUAACUUCGAGAACGUGCUCGGCAAGAGCAAUAAGGCCAUCAACACGACGAUCCUGAACCCGCACGUGCACAUCUUCGGCGAGGACACGGCCUGCAUCGCGUACGUCCGGCUAACGCAGUACGUCGACAAGCAGGGCCAUCCGCACACGGUGCAAACCGAGGAGACCCGGGUAUGGCACAAAAAGGACAACAAGUGGCAGAACGUGCACUUCCACGGUAGCCGCAACGGGAGCUUCAGCAACACGGCGACGCAGUACGACUUCGUCAACCACAAGUAAAGCACGGCCAAACGGCAACGGCGCCGGUCCCCGCCGAUCACCACCUGCACCGCCGCCGCCGGUCGCGUACCGCCGGCGGGGAUGUGGGGCCAAAUAGAUUUUCGCUGAGAGAGAAAGAGGAACGUGAAGGUGCAUCAGAAGAAAACAAAAGUAAAGAAGAGAGAUAGAGAGAGCGAGAGAGCGCACGUGAGCAAACAUACAUACACAAGUGAACACACUGGAAAUUCAUGGAGCAAAAAUUGUAGUUAAAAGAAACAAAAGCUGAAAUUGUAGGAUUUAGUAGGAAACUCGAGUUGACAACACGGCAGUUGAGGAGGCAAGUCGAGAAGAAAAUGGUGGUGCAUGGUUUAGUAGUGUUGGUGGUAAUCGACAACCGAAAUUGUUUUGUUUUGAUUAUUGGUAGAAGAAACAUAGAAAAAAAAUACAAAAAAAAGAACUGUUCGUUGGAGAGAUUUAAAACGAAAA